AUUUCCCCACUAGCGCCGUUUUCCAAUACUGCAUCUCUUUAUUUUUUUUCCUUCUUCCUUCUUCUCUUGUCUUUGUCUUUGGUCUUUUUGUCUUCUCAUUAUUGCAUGCAAACAACGGAACGACGAUGAAGGAUCCAAAACGACUCUCGCCGCGGCGGAUCACUUUUCGGCGAGUUGUCGGCGAUUCAGACGGUACCAUCACGAGCUUCAAGAAUGCUCGCCGGAGGAGGCUCAGAAUCCGGCGAAUGAAGUACACCUGCGAGGCCAAGAUCCACGUCGAGAAUGGAGGUUCCCCGGCGGCGGAUGCUGAUGUGGUGGUUGUUGAUUCUGACAGCAAGCGGAGUGAGAUUCACGAAUCCAUGGAAAUAUCGCUGUCGCUGUCGUCAACGUCAUCUGAGGAGGAGGAUCGGCCGUCGGUGGGGGAAAACUCCGGUGGCGUAUUGUCGUACGGUUCGGUGUCGGUUAUCGGAAACAGGAAGGACAUGGAGGAUGCGGUGAGCGUGGAGAUAGGCUUUGUUGGAAAGGAGAAUUCGAAGUGCGACUUCUUCGCGGUGUUUGAUGGCCACGGCGGAGCUCAGGUGGCGCAGGUGUGCCGGGAGCGGCUGCACCGGCUGGUGGCGGAGGAGGUAGAGAGGAGAAAUGAGAAGGUCGAGUGCGGUUGUAGCCGUCGUGGCGACGGAGGAAGUCGUCGUCGCAAAUUGCGGUGAUUGUAGGGCCGUGUUGGGAAGAGAUGGCGAGGCCGUCGAUUUGUCUAGUGAUCAUAAGCCCGACAGGCCUGAUGAGUUGAUGCGAAUCGAAGAGGCUGGUGGAAGGGUCAUAAACUGGAAUGGCCAGCGCGUUCUAGGUGUUCUUGCCACUUCGCGAUCUAUAGGGGACCAAUACCUUAGGCCAUAUGUAAUAUCAAAACCAGAAGUCACUGUGACAAAGCGAACCAACAAAGAUGAAUUCCUUAUACUUGCAAGUGAUGGCUUGUGGGAUGUGAUCUCCAGCGAAGCAGCGUGCCAGGUUGUAAGGAGAAGCCUCAGCGGCCAGAUUAAGAGAGUUUCCAAUGGAGUUGGGAGGCAAAGCCGCGCCACCGAGGCUGCGGCACUCUUGGUUGAGAUAGCAAUGGCAAAGGGAAGCAGAGAUAACACCAGUGUCAUCGUUGUCGAGCUAAGCAGAACAUCUUCGUCCGGCUGAUCCCUCAAUUUUAUUUUACUUUUUUCGUUCCGACUUAGUAAGGUGAUAAAGUGAAGAUGGUUCUCUCCUUUUACCAUUUUGCUGGCUUCCUCCGUGAGGAUCCAAAUCCUCCUCCUUUAAUGAAAUCGGAGCAGCAAAGACAUGUGAUGUGUUGUUUAAUGAAUCAAGCCAUAUCCAUGAAGUUGGUCGCUGUUAAUGCCAUGAGAGGUUGUGUAAUAAUUGAUGUGACAUGUGAGGUGUGUAGAAUCAGAAAAUUGAGCUACAAUCGUGUAAUGUCUUCUUAGCUCAAUUCUUCGAUAGUGAUGGUGGCCUAGCUAGGAGUUAACAAUCUUGUGUAAAAAUUAACAAAUAGUUUGUUAUCUCUUAUGGCAAGCUUGCACGUUUCUUAA